AUGAGGAAGGUUUUGUGCGUGGAGCCCGUCAUUUUCAUCUACAUGUUUGCCUAUUCCUUGACAAGCCCGCUGGUGCAGCAGUUCAUCUCAAAAGAAGAGUACAACUCCUCUUUCGUCAGCGAUACCAAUGUCACUCGCUGCGAGCAGAAUAAAAGUAGCCCGACUUAUAUCAAGCAGAAGGAAGUUCAAGGAAAAGCCUCUGUUUUUAAUAUGGAGUUGGACUUAACCGGGGCAAUUCCCAGCCUGAUAGUUGCCUUUGUCAUUGUAGCUAAUGGGGACCGCCAGGGACGCAAAAGGUCUUUAGUUUUACCGUCAAUGGGAAGUUUGAUUGGUGAUAUUUGCCUCACCAUAAUAUCAUAUUUUUCCUUGUCACUCUCUAUCCUAUUUGCGGUUGCAUUUAUUACUGGACUGUUUGGGAGUAUGGCGGCUUUCCUUGGAGGAGGCUUUGCUUUUAUAGCAGAUGUGUGUCACGAUGAGAAGCAGAAGACAACGCGAAUAGCUGUGGUGGAUUUGAUUUUUGGACUUGUAUCUGGAUUGGCAGGACUGUCAUCUGGCUACUUUCUAAGAGCAGUAGGCUUUACGUGGACAUUUGUCACAGCAUCUCUGCUUCAUGCCUUUAACAUUAUCUAUAUUAUAUUUUUUCUGGAAGAUACAAUAGGCGUAUCUGAAUGCCAGCACCAGGCACCAGAAUCUUUUAAAGAACUUCUGAGAGAGACAUUUUCUGGAGUGUACAUGCUUUUUAAAACUGCCCCUUAUAAAAAGAGGAUUUUAAUAAUUGUGUUACUUUUUACAUUUAUGACUUAUUUGUUUGCUACCAUUGGUGGGAGUUCACUUUUUGUACUAUAUGAACUGGAUGAGCCACUCUGCUGGAAUGAAGUGUACAUUGGAUAUGGAGCAGCUAUGUUCACUUCUGUCUCUCUGACCAGUUUUUUAGGAGUUUACUUAUUUUCUAAAUGCCUCAAAGACAUUUAUAUUGUCUUUAUCGGGAUAUUUUCUCACAUUGGAGGAAUGGUCAUGGCUGCCUUUGCCAAAACUACCCUGCUCAUGUUUUUAGUGAGAGUGCCAGCUUUGCUCUGCUUUAUGCCUAUUCCUGUUCUUCGAUCCAUGCUGUCAAAAGUGGUUCUCGCUAGUGAACAGGGUGCUGUGUUUGCUUGUAUUGCCUGUUUAGAAGUUGUGACCGGCACUAUUUCACUUUCAGUUUUUAAUACUCUCUAUGCAACUACUGUUGCAUGGUUCUCAGGCUUUAGCUUCCUCGUAUCGGCAGGCUUUUGUCUAAUCCCACUGUCUGUCCUAUGCUGGCUUCUGUGCACGAACUGGAACAGGGAGGACUUGGCUCUGCUUGUACCUGAAGAAGUAUCCAGCAUAGAGAGCGCUGAUAGUUGAACAAAGGAUUCACCUACCUAGCUUUUCUAGCCUGACAUGCGGUGGCAGAGACCAUUAUGUCAUACAGAGACCGUAGAGAAAACACAACAGUUGCAGAUGCAACCUCAGAGCGGCCCGGCAGCAAUAAGCACUAAAUUGGUAGCACUCUUUAUCCAGUCUCUUUUUAGCACUUAAAU